AUGUGGUGGGAGAUACUGAAAAUGCAAUUGGAUCAGCUUAUCCAGAAUACUUCUUAUUCCAGAGAUAGUAAUGCAUGUAUACAGCCAUUUGAUCUAGAUGUACUCAGAGAGGCCUGCCAACUGAAGGAAACCACUCUUAUAGGUUUGCCUUCUGCAGAGAAGGGGACUCCUAUCGUAGCUGGGAAAUCGAAAAGCGAGUCCAAGGAGAAGGAUAGGAAGCAUAAAAGACACAAAGAUAGAGAUAAGGAGAAGGAUAAACAGCAUAAGAAGCAAAAACCAUCAUAA